GACAGCUACAGCCUCAGGUAGAGACUCUUCUAUUAUUCUUAGGUACUAUGGUGCGACCUGUAUGAUUUAGGUACCUUGCUAGAAGUUGCGCCGCUAAAUGGUACCUAUGUUAUGGCGGCUCAUGCGCGCUCGUGUGAUUUGUGAUUCACGAAGCACGUAUGCGAACCCCAUGCGAGCUGGAUUCUACAAACUUUAGUGCCAGCAGCAGCUCAGGCAGGCGAGCUCAAGUCAAGCGACCUGUCAUCGCAACAAGCUUCAAUUUGUUUUGUCAAUCGCAUCUUAUCAGAAUCUUUCUUCUUCCAGCGAGCCGCCAAGAAGAUGUUGCUGAUUGCCUGUGGGCGUAUGCAGCAAGCUUGACGAACAGGCCCUGACAUGGAACUCAUGAGGGACGCUGUGCGCGAGCCGCCCAUGGCGCGGGACUUUUUCAGGAAUGCCUCCAGGGAUGUUUCCCCCCAGUACCGCUGGGCAAGAAGAAGCAGAAGAAGCACAAGCAGCGGAGACAGGGAGCCUGAGGCAAGCAGUUUCAGAGACUUCGCACAAAGGCCCUCUCCGCCCGGCAGCCCUGCUCCCGCGCCCCAGGUGCUGAACCGCACCUCGUCCCGAAGCAAGCGCGUGGAGGCCGGUGCUGCUGCUCCCCUUGUGCCUGCCCCUGCCAGCCUGGACCGCGGCAGUGUCAAGUCUGGUCCUGGCAGGGCCGUGGGGGGCAAGCCGGACGGGGCUGCUUCCCCGCGCGGCCCGCUCGACUUCCCCGCCAGCCCUGUGUCGUCGCCAGGGUCGGUCAAGGACGCUGCCUCGCCCGCUGCCAGGCUCACCCCGGUGCGCUCACGCCGCUCGCCCUCUCCUCAGCAGGCCCUUCCUGGACAGGCGCCCUGGGUGCCGGCGGGCAGCCCGGUGGCAGCCGCGGGGGGCCCCCGUCCCAGCAGCAGCAGCAGGAGAGGGGGCAUGGGCCAGGCAGGGGCCCAGGGCAGCAGCCCGCCGCUAGUGGGGCCCGCUGCGCCGGCGGCAAGGCAAGAAGCAGGCCAGGCACCUCCCAAAACAUUGGUGGCACACGAAGCGACUGCGCGUAGCAGCCCAGCUCUCCGUGCUGGGGGGCAGGGGCCCAACAGAGUUGCGGGGAACACGGCAGAGGCAGCAGGUGAGAGGGCAGCCAAGCCGGAGGCCCGGGGGGCCGGCCGCAGCAGCACCCCCUUCCGCCGGGGCCUGAAUGCGAUCAAGGGGCGCUUCUUCUCGGACUCGCGCAAGGCCGCCUCAGUGGAGAUCAGCAAGACGCAGCAGGACCUGCUGGCACAGCACAAGGUCAAGCCUGCGGCCAGCUCCGGAAUCAAGGAGUCGCUGGUGCACCGCUUGACGCGUGCCCUCCAGCGGCCCGGCCAGCCUGCGCGCUCGCGCUUCCUGCCCGCCCCUCCUGCUGCCCCUCUGGAGCCGCCCGCCGCUCCCAUGACUGCGGUGGCCUCCCCUCCGCGGGCUUCCAUGCCUCGCCUGCUGGAGCCCCCCAAGGCACUCGCGGCGCGCACAGCCCCCAGUGAGGAGCCAGAGCAGCCCUGCGCGGAGGGACACAGGCUGGAGGAAGCGAGGGUAGGCACAGCAGGGACGAUGGGAGGAGCAGGACAGGGGAGCGAAGUGGAGGGGCCGCAUGGGAAUAAUGACCAGGAGGCGCGGGUGGGUGACAGAUCUGUGGAGAGCGCCCCGUGUCCCGUGCGCAGCCUGGAUGUGGUGGCAGAGGCUGGCGCGGAGGGAGGAGGUGGCGCGACGGAGGGGCUGCCGCCUGGCAGCCAGGCCGGGCCAGGGGAUGUCCAGAGCAGCAGCCCGAAGGCGGAAAUGAGCAGCGCCAAUGACAGCAACACAGACUCCGACUCGGACUCGGAGCGUACUCGUGCGAGGUUUCUGCCCCGCACCCGGUCUGCUGGCGCCCCUGCCUCGCAAGCGCGCUACGCGUCGUGGGCGCAGCACAUCCCGCCUGCUGUUUCCCCCGCUGCCUCCUGGGACUCGCAGAGCAGCACCGAGUUCGCCAACACGCGGCGGCCCUCCCUCGCGCAGCGCCUGGUCAACAGUGAGAGCAGCGGCAGCGAGCAGGGCAGCCCCCGCUAUGCGCGCUCCCCGCUGGGGAGCCCCCCCGGCGCCGCCUUCGGAGGCAGGCCCGCCAGCCAGCCGCCCGUCACCGAGAAGUUCUCCCUUCCAGCAACAGCUUGUCCCUCGGUGGUGUCACCUGAGGGACCCCUCCCUGCGGCGUCGCUCUCUUCCCCGCACCAGGCUCCGGCCUCGCCUGCCCCCCACGCGGCCGUGCGCAGGAGCCUGGACCCUCUCGGGUGGUCGUCCGACGAGGACGCGGAGGAGGAUCGCGGUGCACGCAAGCGCGAGAUGGCAGCCGCGCUGCGCCAGCUCAAGUCCUUCCAGUCCGGGGGAACGACGCCCCACCCCGCCCAGGCCCCGCUGCAGCGCUCCCUUACGGACCCUGCCGCGUUCCAGGUGGUGAAGCGCAGCGCCUCGCCCAUGCGCACGCUCUGGCGCCAGGCCACCGCCGCCGCCACCAGCCUGGAGGGCCCCGCCAGCAGCGCCAAACGGCUGGGCCUGUCUGCUGCGGGCCGUGCGUUGGGCCGCUCCCGCGACCCCAGCCCCUGCCCGCCCGGCCUGCUGGCCAGCCCGCGCCGCCUUCGUCCGGAAGCCUCCCCGCAGCGGGUGCCGCAAGGUUCGUCGUCGCUCUUCGAGGACGGCCCUCGCCGGCAGGAGAGCUGGGGCACAGGGCUGCGAGGUGCGGCAGGGGCAGCGGGGGCAGCAGGGCGGGCCUCCAAGACGCCCAGCCGCGGGCGGCCCAUCGCGGCAGCGGCCGCCUUCUUCAGGUCCUUCACACCGGGGCGGCAGAGGGCCCAAGUGUUCUGAGGGGUCGGUGGAUUCUCUGAAUCAAAUGUGUUGCGUUGUUGAAGCAGGGACUUUCUAGCAACGUCGCGUUGCAAUACAAACUGCCCUGCACCUCCGGAUCUUGCGACUCUUAGCACACCACCAGAGUUGGUGCAUUCUCGUGCUGGACCGCGUGUGACACAGUCCGACAGGCCACCUACAGAGAGCCCAGCCAAUCGCAACACUUUCAGAGCUCAGGAAGCAGACUGCAACAUCGUGUUGCUCUCUGUCACGAGUGCUACAAUGCAGUCCCUACAAGAGAUUUGUCAUUAUGUAGCGAGUAUAGACGCUAAACAUUGCAUGAGGGUCAGGAAUUACAUGGUCGCCGUUCAGACUCCUGCUGAGAAAGGCCGCGCCAAGCUUGCUAAUAAUCGAACUGCUGGAGAGACACCCAGACUUCGCAACCUAGUAAAUUGUUUCAAGCAGCUAGGUUUCCAGAAGCCUAUGCAAAGGGGUACUGGUGUAAUAGCUUUUGGAGCCGUUGGGUAUUGAUAUCGGCACCCAUUGGAGCGGACUUAGCAGGCUGGACGUUUGGAGUCGUACUUCACACCAAGCAUUCGUCACUAGUCACGAGCUUAUAUUUGGGAACUCGAACUAUCGAUGUCGGUAGGCAAAGAUAGGUAUGCGAACGUUGUGCCAAUGUUAGCAGACUUUGUAGUAUGGUCUUUGUAACAAUGUCUGGGUCAAUUGUAAUCUUUCGU